AAAGGUAGACAGUGUUUUAACGUUCCUCAGUUUAGUCGUACGAAAACAGCAGAGAUUGUAGUGACUUAUACUCGUCAUGAAAGUGAUAACCAUCGUGGCCAUUCUUGGCCUUGUGAAAUCCGGAUCAGCAUAUUACGAGCCUAAAUGUCCGGGAAAUAACAGUGGGAAAACGAUCUUGCUACCCAAUUUUGAAGAUUGCACUUCUUACUUUACGUGUCGAAAUGGUUAUCCAAUAAUAAACCCGUGUCCCAACGGUCAACACUUUAAUCCCAGAAAGUUAAAAUGUACUGAUCCAGAAGAAGCGAAAUGCAUGGUGACUACAACCACUCAGAAACCAACCACGACGACAUCUGCAACUACACCGACACCAACUCCGACAACCACAACUACAACCACGACAACUAUUACUCCAAAACCAACACCGAGUGAUCCAGUGAAGUGUCCAGCACCAAACGGUAGUGGUGACAUAGUCCUUUUGCCCAAUCCCAAGAACUGCACAACUUAUUUCAGAUGCCGCGAAGGUUUACCGAUAACUACUUUGUGCCCCGAAGGCAUGCACUUUGAUCCUCGCAAUUUAAUUUGUGCCUAUCCAGAUGAAGCUGGCUGUGAAGUUACUACAACAACCGCCAAACCCGUUACAUGUCCUCCAGAUAAUAAACCCAUAAAGCUACCCAAUCCUUAUGAUUGCUCAACUUAUUACUCCUGCAUUAAAGGUGUUCCAAAUCUUACGUCAUGUCCUAACGGACUGCACUUCAAUCCAGUAGAACUAGAGUGUGACUUCCCAGAAGAUGCUGGAUGUGAAGUAUUUCCAACAACUACCCCCGAACCAACCACAACUACCCCAAAACCUACUACGACUACUCCUGAACCAACUACAACUACCCCCGUACCAACCACAACUACUGCAAAAGCAACUACGACUACACCUGAACCAACCACAACUACCCCUGAACCAACCACAACUACUCCAAAACCAACUACGACUACACGCGAACCAACCACAACUACUCCAAAACCAACUACGACUACACCUGAACCAACCACAACUACCCCCGUACCAACCACAACUACUCAAAAACCAACUACGACUACACCUGAACCAACCACAACUACCCCUGAACCAACCACAACUACUCCAAAAUCUACUGAAAUUCCAGUUACAUGCUCUGUCCAAGGCGAACUUAUCCCUAACCCGAAAGACUGUGGGAGCUACUACCAGUGUAGUAAUGGUCGCCCAUGGCUUAUGCUGUGCCCACUAGGUCUGCAUUUUUGGCCUGAAAAAGAAAGAUGCGAUUAUCCACACAACGCUAAGUAUUGUAUGAGUAGAAAAUUGAUUACCAUCCGAUUCGUAUAUAAAAGCGCGUGCGAUGGCCCGCUCACGUAUCAGUCAAGUUUUGGUAAAAACGUCGAUUGCAUAGCUGCUAACUUCAACAUGAAAGCUAUCCUAUUCGUAGCCCUUUUCGGCGUCAUCGCCUCCGCCUACGCGGCUCCAAAGGUACCCGUUCCGGUUACGUUCGACGUCACCUCAGAAGAGCCUAUCCCAUCUUCGGUUAAAUGUCCACUUCGGCCAAGCGUAGGAAAGGAGGACCUUCUGCCUCAUCCCGACCGUCCCGACCGCUGCGGAGACUACUACCACUGUGUGUCAGGCACGCCCAAACUCAUGCAUUGUCCAGACGGUCUGCACUUCAACCCCAAGAAAAAUUGGUGCGACUGGCCUUGGGAAGCUGAGUGCGACCCUGCUUACGUCACCGUUCCACCUCUUCAUUUUAUUGGAAUACCCGUUUGGCAAAAAGUUUUCUAUCGUAUUCCAGCCUUCUUCGUGGUAGCUCUAUUCGGCAUCAUCGCCGUCGCCUAUGCAGGUCCACUUACCUUCGAGGCGACCACCACGGAAGCACCAGUCCCACCUUCGGUCAAAUGCCCGAUUCCGAGCGUAGGAAGGGACGACCUGCUGCCGAAUCCCAACGACUGUGGAAGCUACUACCACUGCGUCAACGGUGUGCCCAAAUUGAAGAAAUGCCCGGCAGCAACCGUCGUUCUAGUCCUGAUAAUGGUCGCAGCAUUCGCAGCAUCCGCGCCUAAUCAGCCCAAAAAGCGCUCGAGCGCACAGAAGUCCGGAGUGAAAUGCCCGACUCCGUCGAGCCUCGGCAAGGACGAGCUGCUUCCGAAUCCCCACGACUGCGCGACGUAUUAUCAGUGCGCCCACGGUACGCCCACGCUCAUGCCCUGCCCCGCGGGUCUGCACUUCAAUCCUCGGGAGCAGUACUGCGACUGGCCUUGGGAAGCCGGCUGCGAUCCCUACUUCGAUCCGAAACCUUCGUCGACGCCGAAGACCAGGACCUGCAAGGCUAUAAGCCUCUGA